ACUAUUUCUAUAGUCUGCACUUCCAUCUUCUUUCUCCUCUUCUUCACUCUCAAUUCUCAAAUUAAUAACCAUUUCAGCUUGCAAAAUUACACCACAUAGCCAAAAACUUACAAAUAUGGCACCAUCAACGAGCAAUUUAAUGUUAUCAAUGAAAGUUCUGUUAAUUUCAGUUGGCGCUGUAUCUUCAGCUAUGCUCGUUAAAUCCUCUGUUCCGUUCGUUAUAUAUGAAUUUCCUACGGUUUGGAGCAGCUUGAUUUCCAGUUGGCUCAAGCCUCCUUACCUCUACGUUGUACUCAACUGUAUAAUUAUCAUGAUCGUCGCUACUUCUCGAUCACACCGGAAGGAACAUUCUAGCGGUGAAUCACAGCCGUCGAUUUCUGCGAGAUCACUUCCGCCCUCAGAUUUGAUCGCAAUUUCCCAGACAAACGCCAACAUGAUUGAACCGGAGAUGUCUGAGUUAUCACCUGAACCGGAGGUGUUAGAGGUGAAGACUGUGCCGGUAAAUAUUGAACCGGAGCAGGUGGUUGAAGUUGAAAAUGAUGAUCAGGUUGUGAUUUCGAAUUCCGUUGUUACGCCGUUGCCUGAAGUGGAAACGGAGCUUCUUCAACAGCUAGCGACGGAGAAACCGCUGGUUUCUUCCCGGUUCGGUCACCGGAAACCGCUUACGAGAAUGAAUCCUGAAGGGGUGAAAUCGCUGAGGGUAGCAAGAGUGAAGAGACAUGAGACAUUAGAGAGCACAUGGAAGAAGAUAACAGAAGGUCGUCACGUGCCUCUCACGAGGCACCUGAACACGUGGCAGCAGAAUCAUGGAAGUCAAUCUCCGGUUCAAAUUGAAAACAAGAGGAAAACCGUACUUGAACCGUCGCCGAGUCAGGACGAGUUGAACCGGCGAGUAGAAUCGUUUAUAUCGAAGUUCAAUGAAGAAAUGAGGUUGCAGAGAGAACAGUCACUACAGCAGUAUAUGGAGAUGAUUAAUCGUGGGGUUUAAAGUUAAUUUUAGCAAUUUCCCCAUUUUUUGGGUUAAAACAGGGUUUUUUUAUUUUAUUUUUUUAACAAAAGGUAUUUUUUAAUUUUUUUGGCAAGAACUGGUGGGGUUUGAAUUGAGAUUUUGCCAGUGAAAAGGAGCUAAAGUUGUAUAUAGAAGUGUAAAAUGUUCUUUUAUUGUUUAAAGCUUAGGAUAAACGAGAAAUGAGAUAAUACUGUAUACUAGUUAAAAUAGUAGAGAAAGGUGCACGUAUGCAAUUAUGGAUUUACAUGUAA